CAAACUAAAGUUGGAAAAGUAGAAGAACAGUAGGGAAGAACAGGAAGCGCCCCUUUCGGCUUUCACACAAGCGAACACACAGAGCUGUGGGAGAGUGUGUGUGUUGGCGGCCAUGGCUAUGUCCGUCUCAGUCUUGGCAGUCGUUAUUUCUCUGCACUUAAUCGCUUUCGUCUUCGCCGUCGGUGCUGAACGGCGUCGAAGCAAGAGUAAAGUGAUGCCGGAUGAGUAUGACGAGCGGACAUUCUGUGUGUACGACACAGAUGCGGCGACGAUUUACGGACUGUCGGCGUUUGGGCUUCUGCUGAUAAGUCAGGGCUUCCUUCACGGCAUCACCAAAUGCCUCUGCUUCGGAAGGGGUCUCAUGGGCGGCAAAUCCACCACCUUUGCCAUCUUCUUCUUCGUCGUUUCCUGGGUAAGCUUUCUGGGAGCGGAAGCGUGCUUGCUGGCGGGGUCGGCAAGGAAUGCGUACCACACCAAGUACCGGGGUUACUUUGGCGCUCAGGAUCUGUCCUGCGCUACCCUCCGGAAAGGGGUCUUUGCUGCUGGGGCAGCUCUCACAUUAGUCUCAAUGGCGGGCUCCAUCCUCUACUACUGGGCUCACGCCAGGGCUGACACCGGUGGUUGGCAGAAGUACCACAACGAAGCUGGUGGCGGUGGUGGUGCUGCUGUAUCUUCCUUAGGAAUGACCAACACCAACCCUUUCCAGCAACAACCACAACCACAAUCACCUGUGAACAAUCACUUUGCUAAGGUUUGAGACUAGACUAGGGAGGAUAUCAGGAUUUCAUUUAAGUUUUGGGGGGUUUGGGUAGAUUAGGGAAAUUUAAAGAAGAGACUUAUUAAAAAGUUGCAGAGUAAGGAUGGAAAGGGGGAAGUGUGGAUGUGUAUGUAAUGUAAUUAAUUAUAAGGCAAAAUUACACUAAAGUAAUAGCCUGAGAUACAGUGGAAGUGGUGGUUAUGUCA